CUCACAUAGUGCCCCUUGAAUCCUUUCUUCUGCGGCGCCACUGAGUUUGCACGGAAGAGGACGGUAUGGGCUCGACCAAUAAUCUUCGUGUUCUGGUCAGGGCCUCGAAGCUUCAAGCCGGAGAGAAAACCGCCUGCGGGGUGCUUGAGUUUAGUAAGUGCGUCUGCAACCUGCAAGGUCUACAUCAGUUGGAUUGCUCUUUGAUAUGAUAUCUGCUGCCUCACAUCACAAGCACCAUAUGGUGCUAGCCUCGACAAUAUGUUCUUUGUUGAAGAAGUCAUUGUGAACAAUGUGCGUAUUGGUGAUCGGAGGAAGGAGAGGUUAUGGGGGGAUCUUCACAUACAGACCUUCAUCAUAUCUACAAUCGGACUUGCUUCCAAGUUAUGGGUAUUUCCGUGUCCGACUAUAACGACCCCUCCUCUUGCAGCAUGUAUCCUUUCGAAACCUUCAGACAACCCGGGAGUAUGGUGUUUUCUUUUUUUUCGCGGCGGGCUACGCCCCGAUAAAACCCGCCAAUCCCGUUGAUAACUCCUAGAAGCUCAAUUUGUGUUUCGACAUCUCUUGAAGAUUCAAGAUGGGUUUCAUCAAGAAGAAUGCCGCCUGUUCAACUCUGUUCGGCAUCUCUUCAAUCUUUAAGGCCUAAAACGAGACGUCGGGGUGGCUGCACGCCCAUUACCGUCCAGAACACAUCAGACUUUUUUAUCCAUUAUCAUGCCCUCCCUCGUUUCUACCGCUCCUAUCAGAACUGACCAGCCUUGCCCUCCCGGUAGCUGGGACGUUCAUCACCAUAUAUUCGACCUUGACAAGUUUCCACUAGCUCCGACUCGUCAUUUCACUCCCUCUUCAGCGCCUCUUCGUUCUUUCGAGACAUUCCAGCAUUCUAUGGGUAUUGAACAUGCCUGUAUCGCGCAUGGUCUAUCAUUCGGAACUGACCCUAGCUCCUUGCUUUAUUAUCUCAAAUAUUUUAAUGAAACUGGACGAGCGUACGCCUGCAUUGAUAUCGAGAAAACGACAGACGAGCAAAUACAAUCGAUGAAAGAUCAGGGGGUAAAGGGUAUCCGUAUCGACUAUCACCUCCACAAAGCCCAACAUGACAAGGAGCAGCAAAUCCGAUGCAUGAAACGCUACGCCGACCGUAUCGCACCUUUCGGCUGGGGUCUUCAGACUUACCAUCCUCAUCCCGAAUACUAUGAUUCUCUUGCUCCCAUAAUCGCCUCGCUCCCCGUGUCCAUGGUCGUCGAUCACUUUGGCGGACUGAAAACAGCGUCUUUACUCGAGUUUCAAGGCAUUGACACCUCAUCUUUUGACGUCGCCGCACAGCCUGGGUUGGGAGCGCUCUGUAGCCUGUUGAAAGACAAUAAGCUUUGGAUAAAGCUAUCGGCUCCUUACCGAUGUUCCGAGGACCCAACGUUUGAGGACAUGAAGCCCCUCGUACGAGCUCUUGUUGACGCAAACCCUGAUCGAGUGCUGUACGGCUCUGAUUGGCCGCACACUCAGCCUUUCCAUAGGCGUCCCAAGGGGCUGAAAGGCGAGGAUGUGGAGACAUUCUUGGAUUUCGAUGAUAAGACGUGGGUGAACAAAUUGAAAACUUGGCUUAGUGACGAUGAAUGGGACAAGUUGAUGGUCAAGAAUCCGCGAGUUUUCAUUGGAUAUGAAGGCAAGGAUUAGUGGUUUCGCUCCGUAACUUCUAUGUACUGCUAUCGUUUGGAUGUUUUCAUAGGAAGAGCGAAGCAUAAAUUCCAAUGGCCUUUGAUACUAUGCAUGUGCAACACGUAUGCGAUUGCCCAUUCAGGCAACUGCUGCUGGUUAAAUAUGAG